CACCGUGUACACUCAUUCUCUCUCUCACUCAAUCACUCUCUCUCUCUCUCUCUCUCUCUCUAGUUACACACACCAACCGGUGUAUGCGUAUCGUAAGCGCGUCCUAACCACGACGACGACCGGCGUUGGAGGCGUUUAGUGUUUCACGAUUUCCCGGUCAGACGAGACGCUGCCGUUCCGCCAGUUCCGUAUCGAUUUCGGCCCGGAGAGCGUGUUGCAGCAAUCUUAUUCUACGUCGGCGGCACACAGCCAUAACAAUCAUAAUAAAAUAAUAAAUUGUUGUUGUUAUUGACGACAACGAAAAAACGGUAGUAAACUUUAUCAUCAUCGUCGCAGAAGACCAUUACACGAUUUAGAAAUCGUCAAUAUGGCAGAAAAUUGGGAUAAUAUACCAGGAAUAAAUCAAGAAUAUGGACAAUUAGACCAAAAUGCAACUGAUAGUCAAACAGAUGAAAAUGAUUGGAAUAAUUUAGCCCAAAAUUUCAAACGUAAAUAUAAAGCAUGUACAAAUUAUACAGAUUGGGACCCUAUAAAUAACAAUGGUCAUACCGAUGAUGAUAAAUUAAUUGAAGAAUUUUUUGAAAAUAAAACUACAACUAUUGAAUCUUCUGGUGAUACAAAUGCGGGUCGUGACGACUCAUCUCAAACAACAUCUGAUGUUGUUGAACAUCAAGCUGAUACUGCUAGUUAUUAUGAAAAUAAUGAACAAAUCAAUAUUGAAUGUACUGAUUCAAAUUCUUUAAAUGAUUCUUGGGGAAAUCCAAUUUCUAGUGAUCGAUAUAAUAAUGACAUUGGAAAUAAUUCAGAAUUAAAUGGUAGUACCAAGAAAAACAAUUAUAAUGAUUAUCAUCCUGGGAAUUCUUGGAGUAAUGAUAUCGAAACCAAUAACUAUCAAAAAUAUGAAAAAAACGGUUACCACGAAAAUGUUCGCAGCCACCAGCAAAGCACACGGUUUCCCAAAAAAUCUAAUAAUGAUAAAAGAAAUGGUAAAUUUGAAAAGCCCAUCAUACAAAAAUCAACUUAUAUUCCUCCAGAAUUUGAAGAAAAUGAUGACCUAACACUAGAAGCAGGAUUGAAUUUUGAAAAAUACGAUAAAAUUGAAGUAACAGUAAGUGGGAUGGAAGUACCCAAAAACAUAACAUCAUUUCAAGAUUCUGGUUUGCGUCAAGUAUUAAUAAGCAAUUUAACCAAAUGUCAUUAUACUAUUCCAACUCCAAUACAGAAGUAUGCUAUACCAAUCAUUAUGAAUGGAAAAGAUAUGAUAGCUAGUGCUCAAACUGGUUCUGGAAAAACUGCAGCUUUUGUUUUACCAAUUUUAAACAAUUUAAUCAGUGAACCAGCUGAAUUAAUUGUUGAUUACAAUCAUUGUGAGCCACAAGCUUUAAUCCUGUCACCCACUAGAGAACUUGCUAUACAAAUAUGUGAAGUUACAACUAGAUUGAGCAGAAACACUUCAAUAAAAUGUGAACUUCUUUAUGGCGGAACAGCCACUUAUCACCAAAAAGAAAGAAUUUUGAGAGGUGGUGUUCAUAUAAUUGUAGCUACUCCAGGGCGUUUAAUUGAUUUUGUCAAUCGAGGUUUAAUUACCUUUUCAUCUUUGCGAUUCUUUGUACUUGAUGAAGCCGACCGGAUGUUAGACAUGGGUUUUUCACUUGAUAUUGAACAUAUAUUAAAUGAUAACACUAUGGUGUCAUCGGCAGAGAGAUCAACAGUUAUGUUUUCAGCAACCCUGCCCAUGGACGUUCAACAUAUAGCAAAGUCUUAUUUAAAACCAGAUUAUAUAUCAGUAGCUGUUGGAGUGGUUGGAGGUGCCUGUAAAGAUGUUACACAAACAUUUAUAGAAGUGAAUAAGUUUAGCAAAAAAAAUGCAUUAGUUGCUAUGCUAAAUGAAACAAAUGAUUGUCAGGGAACAAUUGUAUUUGUUGAGCAAAAAAGACAAGCUGAUUUCAUAGCAGCCUUUCUAAGUGAACUUAAUUAUCCGACUACAAGUAUACACGGAGAUCGUGAACAGCCGGAACGAGAAAAAGCUUUGAGAGAUUUUAAAACUAAAAAAAUGAAGGUUUUAGUAGCCACUGCUGUGGCUGCUAGAGGACUAGAUAUAAUGGGUGUUACAACGGUAGUGAAUUUUGAUCUACCAAAAACGAUUGAAGAGUAUGUGCAUAGAAUUGGACGUACUGGUAGAUUGGGAAAUUCAGGCCGUGCUGUUUCAUUUUUUGAUCCAGCAAACGAUCAUGCCAUGGCUCCAUAUUUAGUCAAUACUCUUAAACUAGCCGAUCAAAAAGUUCCAGAAUUUUUAUCUCAGUAUAGUGGCAAAGUUCAGAAACCUUUAAAUCAGUUCAAUGAUAUACGAUCGAAUGUUCCAGUAACAUCUGAGUAUGUCCAAGAAGAGGAAGAAUGGUAAUCAUAGAUUCCUACAACAAUUCAAGCCAAAAAAAAAAAAAAAAAAUGAAGCAAUCUCAGUUAUUAAUUCUCUUAAUUGUGAAUUAUAACUCUUUAUAA